CUCCUGUGGAUCACAGAGAACAUGUCCAAAUGGAUUUUAGGAUCAAGCAUGAAAACAUUGUUGCCCUGGAAGAUAUUUAUGAAAGCCCUAAUCACCUGUAUUUGGUCAUGCAGCUUGUAUCUGGUGGAGAGCUCUUUGAUCGAAUUGUGGAGAAGGGAUUUUACACAGAGAAAGAUGCCAGCACUCUGAUCCGCCAGGUCCUGGAUGCUGUAUACUAUCUUCACAGAAUGGGCAUCGUUCACAGGGACCUCAAGCCUGAAAAUCUCUUGUACUACAGUCAAGAUGAGGAGUCCAAAAUAAUGAUCAGCGACUUUGGCUUGUCAAAGAUGGAGGGCAAAGGAGAUGUCAUGUCCACAGCCUGUGGGACCCCAGGCUAUGUUGCUCCUGAGGUUCUCGCCCAGAAACCCUACAGCAAAGCUGUUGACUGCUGGUCCAUCGGCGUGAUCGCCUACAUCUUACUCUGCGGCUACCCUCCUUUUUAUGAUGAAAAUGACUCAAAGCUCUUUGAACAGAUCCUCAAAGCAGAAUAUGAGUUUGAUUCCCCCUACUGGGAUGACAUCUCUGAUUCUGCAAAGGACUUCAUUCGAAAUCUGAUGGAGAAAGACCCAAAUAAAAGAUACACCUGUGAGCAGGCAGCUCGGCACCCCUGGAUUGCUGGUGACACAGCCCUCAACAAAAACAUUCAUGAGUCGGUCAGCGCCCAGAUCCGGAAGAAUUUUGCAAAAAGCAAAUGGAGACAAGCGUUUAAUGCCACAGCCGUUGUGAGACAUAUGAGAAGGCUACACCUCGGUAGCAGCCUGGAUGGUUCAAAUGCAAGUGUUUCAAGCAACCUCAGUUUGGCCAGCCAAAAAGAUUGUCUGGCACCUUCCACGCUCUGUAGUUUCAUUUCUUCUUCGUCGGGGGUCUCAGAAGUCGAAGCUGAGAGGAGACCCAGGCCCACCACUGUGACUACAGUGCACACUGGAAGCAAGUGACCCGGCUCUGAAGGUGGGACCUAGGGGGCAGGGCCGGGGAAGGGGGAGCCCCAAAGCCGGAGCUGCUCCAGCAUCGGAGACCCACCCUGCAUGGUGCACCUGCGUAGGACUGGAAGACAGAAGUUUUUUAUGGCCAUAUUUUAUACUGCAAUUCUGAAGAGUUCAUUUCUCACAAACUGAACUGACUCAAGGGGAGCUGACUUCAUAGGAUCUGGUGCUGUAUAUAUGAAUCUUGCAAAGCUCUAACUGACUGGACCUUCCUCUUCCUCUCCCCCAGCUCCACCACUUCACUCUUCUCAGUGUAGACAGCCAUCUAGGAUGUAUUUUUUCCAUGGAAAAAAAGUUUCAACUGGAUUAUUUAAAUAUUGGUAAAUAUUGUGCAUCAGGAUUUUUUUUCUUUUUGAAAAGUGUCUUUUCUAUCUCUAUCAGUUACGUGGCCUAUAUUAUUCGCUCUUUAUUAGUAGUUUUAUGUUAACCUUUAAGGUUUUUUUUUCUCUCCAAGGGUUUUAAAGGUAUUUUUUAAAAUUCUUAUAAGGGGAUCAGUAACACGUCUCUAAGGCCAAGAGUUCGCUUUACUUUGGUUCCUUUACUCUCCGCCCCUCCUCAGAGGGCUGCUAUAGAGGAGGCCACCUCAGUAGUGAGGCCGGGCACUUCUCUCCAGGCGCUUUUGGUGGGGAACCUGCAGAUAAACCUUACCCAGCAGCUAGCCUUGCAAGCCCUCACCAACCACAGAAAAAGAAGCCUGCUUCCCCACCCCAGACCCAAGGCUCCAUAUCACAGGCAAACCAUGCUCUGGGAGCAAAAUCUCCACAAUUCUAGAAUCUAGGAGCCUCUCUUACAGAAGGGACAAACCGCCAUUUUGUUUUUAAAGUGAACCCGCACACAGGCCUCAUUUCUCGUAAGGGAUGAUGGAUGAAACUCUGAUCUCAGCUAUGCACUUUUGAAACUAAUCCCCCCUCCCUGAUUUUUUUAAUGCAUUUCUAAUCUUACCCUCCAAAUAGCCUCUGACACAGGCAAGAUUUUUCUCCACAUUUUUACCCUGUUCUCUUAUGAAUGUUAACCCGUAGAGGGGACAGAAAUGGCCAUGAAGAAGAAACAAUUCAUCUUGGGUGGGAAGGAGACCCGCUGAGUGAUCAGGACACUGUCUACCACAGAGAUGGCUCAACAAGGCCCAGUGGGUGCAUAAAGACUUCCCUUGCAUCAGAAGAAUCUAAAAUCACAAAACCUGUGGUGUUCAGGGAUGGAAGGAUUUCCCAAGAUGUGGAAUUUCAGGGCUGAAACCAGGAAUGUCCUGUGUAAACCAUUCCAUGUUGUGACCUGUAUGGAUGGCUGGGCAUGUGGGAAAGAGCAGACGAGGUGUGCAGCCCCUCCUCUUUAAGGAGGCUCCGAGAGACUCAGGAAGAUGGGUCCAAAUGCCAGCUUUGCCAAAGUCUCCCCUCAGUCUACAGUCCUGUCUAAAGCCUGAAGCUCGGUCUUCAUGUAAGCCUGAGCCCACCAAGAGGUGCUGUGAUGGUCUCCCUGAUGGCCAGUAACUGUUCUGAGGCUGUUAGUCUCAUGUUCCUAUAUUGCCAGUCAUAGGAAAUUCUGCUGGGCUAGCCAUCCUCGUCACUCCCACUCUUUUUCUUAUGUUUAGUGAUACCCCUGGCCAUCCCCAGAACAUACACAGAUGCACAGAUACACAUACACAGACACAGUGUCACCAAACAGGUGACUUCAGCCCUCCUAAGUACACAGUGCAGGAUGAUUAGAGCAGCUUCCAAGUCAGACAACUGGUCUACUUGUUCCCACUUGUGUUGUAGGCUCUGGCUACUCAGCAGGAAUCCUUCAGCACAAGCACAAAGGAUGACAAUUGAAGCUGUCACUUCAAAAGUCUGUUAACCUCCUGGGAAAAGUUUCUAAAAUGACAACAGACCCAGUUAGGAAGCAACUACCACCAAACUUGGAUACUCAUUCACCUGCCCCACUUUUCAGAAAGAUGAUGAUGUAAAUAUUAGAAACAGGAUUAGAGAAAAUCCAGAAGUAUCUCUAAAGAAGUUUAUGGAUGUUUCCUAACAGCAUGGAAGCAUUCAAAUUCAUGGAACACAAGAAAGAAAGUAGAGUUGUGCAUGGUGACCUGCCAUUGUAGUACCUGAGACUACAGCAGGACGGUCUCAAUUUCUGUGCAUCCUGGGCUACAUAUCAAGAUCUUAUCAAAAUAGGAAGGAAGGAAGGAGGAAAAGAGAGGAG